GCUCAAAUUCAUACGCGCAUGCGACCAUUAUCAUCCACCGGCAGAAGGACCACACCACCUCAGAUUAAUCUAAGUUGUUGCCAGCUCACUAAGUAACCAUGGAUGAAGAAUAUGAUGUGAUUGUUCUUGGAACUGGACUAAAGGAAUGUAUCUUGAGUGGUAUGAUGUCAGUGAGUGGCAAAAAAGUAUUGCAUAUAGACAGGAACAAGUAUUACGGAGGAGAUAUUGCAUCUAUCACCCCUUUGGAAGAUAUGUUCCAAAUGAAUGGAAUGAAAAUGCCUGAAGACAGGUUUGGAAGGGGCAGAGACUGGAAUGUGGACUUGAUUCCAAAGUUCCUCAUGGCUAAUGGUCAGCUGGUGAAGUUGCUGAUUUACACUGGUGUAACUCGUUACCUAGAAUUCAAGUGUUUGGAGGGCAGUUACGUCUGCAAAGGAGGCAAAGUGUAUAAAAUGCCAGCUGAUGAGAAGGAGGCUCUCACAACAAAUUUGAUGGGCAUUUUUGAAAAGAGGCGCUUCAGAAAACUGAUGAUCUUCAUCAUGGAAUUUAAUCUGGAAGACCCUAAAACAUGGCAUGGACUCGACCCCAAACAAAGCACAGCUGAGGACCUCUACAAUAAGUUUGGUGUGGACAAAAACACUAUUGAUGUAACAGGACAUGCCCUGGCUCUUCACCGUAAUGAUGCUUAUCUUAAAGAACCCUGUUUAGAUUUUAUACAGAGAGUAAAGUUGUAUCAGGACUCUAUACAGAGGUAUGGGAAGUCUCCUUUCCUGUACCCACUGUAUGGACUAGGAGAGCUCCCCCAGGGGUUUGCCAGGUUAAGUGCAAUAUAUGGAGGAACCUACAUGCUGGAUCGCCCUGAUGCCACGGUGGUUUACGAGGACGGUAAAGCUGUCGGUGUGAUGGCCGCCGGCGAGACUGCCAAGUGCAAAAAGGUCAUUUGUGAUCCAUCUUAUGCAAAAGACAAAUGUAAACAUGCGGGUCAGGUAGUGAGAGCAAUAUGUAUACUGAAUCACCCUGUACCCAAUACAAAUGACAUGAAAUCCGCUCAGAUCAUUAUCCCUCAGCACCAGGUCAACAGACAUUGGGACAUCUACAUUGGUGUGAUAUCACAUGAACACAUGGUGGCUGCCAAAGGUUUCUGGAUAGCCAGUGUCAGCACUACUGUGGAAACGGAAAACCCAGAGGCGGAGCUCCAGCCAGGACUAGAUUUGCUGGGACCAAUUGAACAAAAAUUUGUGUCUGUUCAUGAUAUAAUGGAACCUGUAGAUGAUGGAAAGGACUCCGAGAUUUUCAUCACAAAAUCCUAUGAUGCAACAUCUCAUUUUGAAACAACUUGUAAGGAUGUAUUGGAAACAUACAAGAGAGCUACCGGGGAAGAUUUUGAUUUCUCCAAGAUCAAGAUUCCGGAGGAAGAAGAGAAUAAUUAGUGCUUUUAUUAAUUUGGCACUGUGCCAAACUGGUAUAUGUGUUCGUUUUGAAUGGACAUGUGGCAGUGUACUUUUUUUUCCUCGUCUUCUUUGGUACAAUAUUAUGGACAAAGGCAUUGAUAUUUGCAUACACUAAAAUGUAACAAACACCCCGCAUUACCAUUCCAUGUUUAUGAGAAGAAAGACCAUUUUAUUUAUUGGCUUGUAUCAGAGGUCACAAAAUGUCCAAUCUUAAAAACUUCAUAAAUAUUGAAGAGAAGGAAUUGGGUGUCCUUUGCAUUUGUGCAAUUGAUUGAUAGCUAAAUGCUUUCUCGUCGACACUAAUAAGUCGCUUGCUUAAUUAAGUGAAUUAUUUUUAUUAAUGGCUAUAAAACUGAAGGAAAAGGGAGGUGUUUUAAGUAGAAUGCAUACUUUUACUUUCCAAUGCUUUUAAAAUAAAUAGUCAAGUUUUCAUGUCCAAGAAAAGUGUAUGUUUACCCUGUUUGGUGAGAGUUGUGAUGUGUAAAUAUUGUAGGCUCCAUCAUAUAUUUAAUAAAAAUAUGUAAAAUCCAGGAGUAUGCCAUUUUCACACACAUGCAUGUUCAAUGCAUAAAGACAUUUUUUCAUAAUAUAUCUUGUAAAUGCUAUUAAUGUGUAAUAGGAAGAAAAAUGUGCAUCUUUUUCACUCAUGAGAACUAGAAAUUUAAUGCUGUUUCUAUUCUUUGACUUGCUCAAGUCUUGCUAAUGCUUUCUGUACUUCAGAGAGAUUAAUAAGUCUGUGCUUAAUGCAAAAAAUAAGAAAGUUGUUAGAAAAUCAUGUUUUUGGAGUAUUAAAAAAUGGUAUCAGAAUUCUGUCUUAUGAAAUGAAAUCAUGUGUAUGAGCUAUGAGAUUUAUUCAGUGUAAUUAAUACAUGUAUGUGAUAUUUAUUUAUGGCUUACAAAUCUGUGACAUUUCCUCAUUUCAUUGAUUGUGAAACUUCUUUUGAAGCAUUACUUGCAGUUAAUAGUAAAGAAAAAAUAUAUAUAUGUAGGUUUACAAAAAAAAAGAUUUUGUUAUAGAUAAAGUAUACAAUGGUAAAGUAACCUAGUCAUUAUCAUGAAUAUGUCACAGGUGUAUUAAGACAUUUACGUUUUCUGAGACACGAUUAUCAAAUAUGAAUAAAUCUAUAACCAUU